AUGGGGGGGAAAGGAAAUUCUGCUUGCGCAGAGACGGUGCGAAGGGAACCGACUCCCACACUGUCGAAUUUGGCUGGCUCCGGUCCAAUAACUCGCCGCCUCAUUGAGAACUACUGGCGCUCUGUCAUGGAUUCCGGGUGGAAGCCGAUAGUAGAGACGCCGUCCCGUGCGUUAUUGGAGCGCUGUGGGAGUCUGAAGACUGCAUCCUUGGCCAUGCGAUCUGAAGGCUCACAGAAGAUGUUGCUGACAGCCCUCUCUUCCUCAUCGGAUCCCGUGCAAUGGUGUAUUGAUAACGCCGAGACGGCAGAGUUGACAGGGCAGUUUGCGGUUGCGGAAAAUUACCUGCAGGCAGCCAUUGAGCAGCUUUACCGUUCUGACUCUAUUGCGCUGGGGGCAAUAAACACCGUCGCUUUCCACGAUGAUGCAAAGCUGGAACGGGAUUGCGCGAGGACGGCUGACAUCUUGCGUCGUUUUGGAAAGCUGUCCUUGCGGAAGAGCGCGCAUGGUGAGGCACUGGCUUUUUUAAAUCUCAGUAGCCGCAUCGACCCACUUACGCCUGUCACGUAUGCAUUGCGAGGUGCUUGUCACGAACACCUGGGGAAUAACGCUGAGGCGUAUGAGGAAUAUAAGAAGUAUCUUUCUUUAAGCCCACCCACUCUGGCAGUGGUGGCUCACACGGGUCAGUGUGCAAUAAAGGCGGGAAAAUAUGAAGCGGCGGAGCGUCACCUAUUCGAGCUGUUAAAAAUGACAAAAAUAACAGCGAGCUCUUCUGCGGUACCCUCUGGCACCUGUUUUACUCUGUUUGACUCAUCCGAUUUUUACGAGGCACACGCGUACUACUGCCUUGGUCUUGUGAAGGAAAAACAAGCCGAGCAGGCAGCAGCUACCUUGUCAGAGGACUCAGUAAGUAAUUCUGCAGAAACAUUGGCGCAGGAGGCAAGGGCCUUCUACGAGUUGGCGGUGGCGAACUCAGCUUACGUGGCAGCCCUUGAGGAUUCUUCUGAGAGCGCCAUUCUCGCGCGGGAUGCACCACUGGCUUUAGAAAAUUUAAGACAUUUACAACGUUUGCGAAGGAGUUGCGCACAUUAUUACUCCCGCGCCGCAGAUGUAUGUGCCAUGAUUAACGACACUAUCUCCGAGAUGGAGGAGCUUUCUAAAGCACUGGACCAGCGUCAACCGGUGACAAUCCGUCGAAAGACGCUUCUUCGUCGUGCUGCUGUUUACGCGUCAAAGCUGCAUAACGUUGACAAGGCAAUUGUAGACCUCUCAUUGUUGUUGAGUCUGCCCGGAAAUGACUCCUGCACAGCUAUGGCGUACUUGCAGCGCGCCAAGGCGUUUGAACAACGCAGUUGUGAACGCCCACGGACUUCGAGGGAGGACGUUGGGGCCGCUCUACGUGACUACAACAGUUUUGUGGAGACGGCGUUGAUGCAUCCACACGAACUAGACGUCCCACCCGAGUGUAUUACGGAGGCCAUGCUAAUCCUCGCGAACGGGGCGUUUAAGGAAAAAAACUACGGCCGGGCUGCACUUUUUUUCGCACGUGCCGUCGCGAGAGGUUGGCAACCUCUUGAAGAUUUACCGCGGGAACGCCGAGAAAAGAAGAAAAAUGUGUCGUCGAUAUCGCUUACGGGGGUGGAUCUUCUCACAAAGAUGUAUGUGGCGAUUGCCCGCACUGUGGUGUCGAAGAUUCCUAUUGCAGAGGACAUGUUUAGGGUUCCGUACGAGCAGCGAGAAAAGCCCCCUGCGCAGGUGGUCACCGAGUUGAAGAAGUCAAAGGCUGCAGAGCGAAAGGAGGCGGAGAAGCCGGUAGUGGCGGUUCAUGCAGUCGGAUACCAGGUGGUGGAGGAACACUAUCAGCGGCUGCGUGCAAUUGAACCAACCUUCUUCUCGGCCUUGCAGUACGAACUCCUGGAACUGUGGGAGCCGUACAGAACGGAGGUGGAGCGGCUGCGGGAGGACCUGAUGCUCACAAGAAACGGGAAGAAAGUCAAGCGACGCUGA